GCAAAGUGACAUAUUGAAGGUUGCUGACCUUUAAACCUGCUUUCGUUUGGAAUUGUAGCGGACGUUUCGUGACUUCCUUACGCCGAAAGAAUGCAGACCAUGCAACAUUCACCUAAUUUUGCAUGCAAAAUGCGCACGAAUUAUGCCAGAAGCUCAAGGGUAGGCCAGACUACUGUGUCCCGGAGGACCGUCAAGUCUCCGACACGGCGGGCGCGCGCAGUGCGUGCCGCCGGCACCAGCGAGCGAGCACAGCCUCAACACCCAGAGGAGCGGCGCCUUCGCGAGGAACCAGCUGCAUCUUCCUCCCGCCGUCAGGCGCUGGUGGCACUGCCAGCUGCCCUGCUGGGGGUGUGCGGCGCGCUGGCAGCCCCACGGCAGGCUGUAGCUGCUGCCGCAGCGGAGGUUGACACACUGCCGUCCACCAGCGGGCGGGAGGAGAUUGACACCACCAUUACCCAUGCGGUGGCAAUCACAAUCGGCAUUGCGGACCGCGCGCUCAAGAGCGCCGCGGAGCGCACCAUUGGCGACAAGUCCAUCAUCCCUGAGGCGGAGCCGGUUGGGAGAGUGGUCAUAGGCCUGUACGGCAACGCGGUGCCGCGCACCGUGUCCAACUUCCUGGCUCUGGUGGAGAGCGGAAACCUGGUGGGCACCACCUUCUCCCGCGUGCUGGCGGGCGAGUACAUCCAGGCCGGCAAGCAGGGAUCCAAGCGCCUGGGCGCAGUAGAGGUGCCGCCCACCGUGCAGUCCAACCCGGAGGUGUCGGAGGCGUCCGCCUUCAAGCUGCCGCACUACCGGCCCGGCACCGUGUCUCUUGCGCUUGGAGAGAACGACGAGGAGCCGCAGCUGCGCGCGCGGCCCGAGUACCGCCCAGUGGAGUUCCUCAUCACAACAGGCCCGGGCCCAGUGCCGCGGCUGAACGGCCAGAACAUUGUGUUUGGCCGCGUGCUGGAGGGCAUGUCGGUGGUGGGGCAGGUCACACAAGUGCCCGUGUUUGGGCCGUCACCGGUGGGCAACAGCCUGGCGUUCAACAGCCUGGCCAGCGCCAUCGGGGACGACCGCGCCGCCACCGUACGGCGCAAGUACGGCAAGCCGCUCAAGGCGGUGGUCAUCCUGGGUAGCGAGGUGCUGCCCAGUGUGCCGUAGACGCCCCUAACCGGGCCUGAGAGUGUGAGGAGGCCGGUUAGCAAAGACAGGGGCUAGGCUGCCAUACUGUUGGCUAGUGUGCUGCUUGGCUUGCAGCUCGUAGUUCCUAUAUCGCACGGAUGUGGAGUUGAGUGGCAGGGGUGGAUGGCGAAGGCUGGGCAUUCUAGCCGUCAGCCGCAUCGUGCCCUUGCGUGGCUCGCGUUUGUGGUGAUCUCCUGUGUGUGACGCGCUCGUUGUGUUGGGGUUCCAGGCUUUCAGCUGUUUGAGGCUCGCGUGUUAUGGUCAAAAUUUUAAAGUUAGAGGGGAACGGUCGGGUCAGCCAAGGGGUCAGCCAAGGGAAACAGCCCUCUCGAACGCUCAAAGACACCGACCGUCCUUUGUCUCGUUCUGACGUGCCUGGUGGGUGACAUGGUCACAGAUUCAUCGCGCCGCGUCAACAACCCAUGUCAACACA